GGGUCUUGUAUGUCCUUUCCAACCUUGCGAUUCUAUGAUUAUGAUUCUAUGAUUCUAUGACAGGUUGCCCAGAGAAACCUUUGGUGGAGCUGCCACCCUCCUGCUUGGAAGCCAAGGGCCCACGCCCAUGAGGCGGUGACGGUGAUGUCACAAUGGGUGUCAUGGAGUGGCCAUUGUGACGCGUGAAGCUUGGAGCAGAGCAAGGCUGCCGGGCUCAGGCCGAGCGUCAGUGCGGCCUGGUGAGGCGUGGAGAGAGGAGGGACUCUCGCAGUGCUCACUGUCGACGCAAAUGAUGUAUGCUAGGAAGCGGAAGUUCUCUGACUCGCAAGAGCCAGGUGAGAGCACAGCAUCCCUGAGCCCAGCUCCCAGCUCUGGGGCUCUGCCUGCAGCUGAGAGCUGAGAGGGGAGGAAGGGGCAGGCAGAAGCUCCCAGACAGGCAUGGGGCAGGGCCCCUCUGCUCCUUGGCAAGGGGGCCCAGCUUGGGCUGUGGCUGCCUUGGGCCUGCCAUGGCCCCUUCCCCUCCACCACCUCCAGCCAGCACGGCAGGCACAGAGCAGGACCCUGGGGACAGCCCUCAGGGAGGGACACCUGGCCCCGCCAGCUGUUCACCGCUGCUCACAUUUUGCUCUCUCCUCUGCAGUGUGCGUGCUGUGUGGCCGGGCAGAUGUCAACCCGGACACCUUCGGGCGCAUAUUUGAUCAGAUUUGGUUUUGGGUCCAUGAGUUCUGCUUGGUGAGUUCCCUUGAGCAAUCCUCACUGUUUCCUGGUGGAUGCUCUCCUCGUUCCUGUCCUCAUGAGAUCCUGCUCUUUUCUCUCCUACAGAUUUUUGCCAACAUCUCCUUUGACAAAGGACCGACAGAGGAGGGAACUGUGGGCAUUGACCUUGCAGUCCUCGCACGCACGGUCAAGCAGGCAAACCAGAAGCAAUGCUGUGUUUGUGGAGAGAGGGGCGCUGCCAUCGCCUGUGCUGAGAGCGGAUGUGCACGUAGCUUCCAUCUGCCGUGUGCCAAGGACGGGCAAUGCAUCACCCAGUUCUUUGGACAGCACAGGUAAGGGUUGUCAGCAGCAGCCAAGCCAGGGAGGAUC